CACACACACACACACACACACACACACACACACACACACAACAUAACACACUGCAUGCAGAUAUGACUUGUCCGCUGCGGCCGCUCGGUGUGGUGGACCUGCUCUGACAGUUGGCAGUAACUGGUUCUUCAUCCUGCACGGAAAUGAAGUGACUCCAACGUGAUCCGAGCCCUGACAUCAUUACAGACGGAGCAGAAAAACAAGGAUGUCAGUGAAGCUUCGGUUCAACUCACCGUCGGACGGAGGUCUGGUCCACCGAAGCCGCUCUUUCACCGGGUUCAGCUCGCUGAGUGGUCGACAACGGUCUUCCUCUGUACGUGGCUCUUUUCGCUCCAAAGCCUCGAUGGGAGGUAAACCUCCCAGAAUGCACCUCUCCCCUCGCCGAGAGACAGCAGCUACCUGGUUGCAGCCGGAGCAGGUGGACAGGGUCUUCCAGGCGCUCCGCAACGGACUCAAGGAAUAUCUGGAGGUCCACCGGGCAGAGAUGGAGCUCCUGUCUUCACAGCAGAGAGAAACCAAGAGGAACUCCAGACUGGCGUUCCUUUAUGAUCUGGAGAAGGAGAUCCGAGCGCUGGAGAGACACAUCCGACGAUUAGAGUUUCAGAUCAGCAAGGUGGAAGAGCUGUAUGAGACCUACUGCAUUCAGUGGAAGAUGUGUCAGGGCGCGGUGAACAUGAAGAGGGCCUUCUCGCUCUCUCCGUCCACCAGAGCUUCCAGAGAGAGUCUGCUGGAGCUCAGCCGCAACCACCGGCACAGCCUGCAGGACAUGUCCACCAUGGAGGAAGAUUUGGAAAUCCUCCUCGGGGAGCUGCACAUCAAAAUGAAGGGACUGAUCGGCUUCGCUCGGCUCUGCCCCGGAGACCAAUACGAGGUGGUGGUGCGGCUGGGCCGGCAGCGAUGGAAAAUCCGAGGCAGGAUCGAGUCAGACGACUCUCAGUCCUGGGACGAAGAGGAGAUGGUCUUCCUCCCCCACAUAUACCACAACUUUGAAAUCAAGGUGAUGGAGGCGAAGGGUCUGGGCUGGCUGCUGGUGGGUGUGGUAACCUGUGCCAGCGUGGACUUCUUCGUGGCGCGGCCGCAGCUGAUGUUGGUGGACAUCACUGAGCUGGGAACCAUCAAGCUGCAGCUGGAGGUCACCUGGAACCCGUUUGACGGCGGUGAGAAGAUGAAGCCGCUGUCCGUCAGCAAACAGUCGGUGUCGAGCAGGAAGGGUUCAAUUUACAGCUGGACGGCGCCGAACACCCCCUCCUUCACAGAAAAGUACUUUAUGUCGAUGGUUCGUGAGCUGCAGAAGCAGGACGGCUCGCUCCCGUCGCUGGUGUCUAAAAGUCGUCCCAACAGAGGAGGCGUGUCCCUGCUCAGCUACCUGCCCCACCCUUCACACACGCCGGGCCCUGAGAGCCCGUACAUCCCCAGUCUCAGCCGAGCUCACAGCUACCCCUCCACCAGCCUGGGAGGAAGUCACACCCAGCUGUCCUUUGGGGAGGAAGAGGAGCAGGAGAUGAGGCAGAGGGUCGACGGGACGCUUGACGAGGAGGAGUGGGGAGGCGUGCUGGAGACGUCGUCGGGAGAGACGACUGAAACGGCUUCUCUUCUGGCCUUACCCAGAUGCAGCACCCCUGACAUCCUCAGGAAGAGCCCGUCAGAACCAGAACCUGAGACAGGAAGUGCAGCUCUGCGGCAGGAGUCCCCUGUAAUACCCGCGGCCUGUGAGACCCUCCCACCGGCGCCGCCCACUCCGCCCCCGGCAGCAGCACCGGCCUCAGGGAGACCCGAGGUGGGCGCCGCCCAGCGCCGGGCUCAGGCCAUCCGGCUGGGAGCCCUGAUGGCCGAGCUGGAGAAGUCCUGUCACGGCGAAAGGAGCGCUGACAAGGAGCUGAGAGCUUUGGAGCACCAGAUCCAGCACCUGGGAACCAUCCUGAAGAACGACCUCUCUCUGCUCAGAAGCUCCUCGUCGUCGGAGGAAACUCUGGCCGUCGAGGAAGUCUUGGGCAGCUUUGACUUCCUGUCAAACAUCUUCACCGCAGAUGACAGCACUUCCUGUUUGGGCAGCGUGAGGCUAAAGGACAGCGGCAUCAGCUCGCUCCAGCAGAACACGCCGGGCCGCCUGUCCAAAGACAGCCAAUCAGCUUCAGAGGAGGAGCGGAUCAUCGCCCCACUGACCUCUGGGAACUGGGGUCUGGACCAGGCCCUGGAGACGCACCUGGACAUCUGCUGCAUCCUGCUGCAGACGAUAAAAACCAGCGACUUCGGUCCUUCUCGAAGGGAGCUGCUGCAAGAGAUGUCCAACCAGACGGAGGUUCUGGACAGAGUCAGCGGUCUGCUGCUGGAGAGGAGCGACGAGCUCACCCCGCGAGACGUGCUGCCCAAAGCCCAGAGGUCCAGGAGCCUCCUGCUGUUCUGGGAGGAGUGCGUGAAGGACAGCGGGUCUCCGUUCUGCUGCAGCGUGGGAAGCCUCUCCAGGUCGCUGAAGAACCGUUUCACUCACAAGGUGAAAGCCAAGCUGCCCGGACAGUCAGAGAAAGUUUUUGCUCGACUCCUGCAGCAGCUGCAGUCGCCCUGCAGGCUGCUGCCCUGCUGCCGCUCUGUCUGCAGCCCAGACAGGGUCACCCUCUUCCAGCUCUCAGUCUACCUGAGGCGCUGGAGCUUCCAGGACCUGGGAGAGCACAUCUCCCGCCUGUCCAAAGAAGAGUACAUCCUGUCGGCGCUGACGAGCCCCAAACGGAGGAGGUCGUUAAAUAAACUGAGGGGGCGGAGCAUAUCAGAGCUCCUGCCCCUGCAAAGCACCCUGCAGACUGUCGCCGCCCUGCUGGUGGACUCCAACCAUAAAGUCUGCAAAGCUGCAACCGGCUGCAUCAGCAGAGCUGCAGGCUGCAAGGCCUUCAGGAGCAAGGCGGUGGUUUUCUACACGGAGAGUCUGAAAAGCUCUGAUGUUCUGAUCCAGCAGGGCUCCUGUCUGGCCCUGAAGGCCCUCAGGGCGACUGAGAGCGCGGACCACAUCGCAGACCUGUGGAGAUCGAUGGAUGAAGACGUUCGCAGCGCCGCCAAAGAAACCAUCUUGUCGUUCGGUAAAAAGGGAUACGAGGCCUUCCAUAGGAUGCAGCAGAUGCUGGUGGAGAUGCAGGAGGAGGUUUACCAGAACAAAGAAACUGAGAUCACCAUUUUAUAGGAACCGCUCAGAGACUGGAUCAGAAUCAGGCUCAUGUCUGACUGCGAUAAAACUUUAACCAAAACCAGCGGAAGUGAUGAUUAACCUGCAGAACUUGAGUUCCUUUUUUUUCGACAGAAGCUUGUUUUUGUUCAAGAGAUGCUCUGUUGGAGAAACAUUUAUUUAACCUGACAGGACAAACAAACGCAGCUUCAAAAUCACUUUUAAGUGGCUGGGACAUUUAAGAAAAUAAAAAAAAGUUGAAUGUUGGGGAAUGAUUUAUGGCAUCAUACCUGAUGUUUUUUAGUUUACGAUUAAGCUACAUAAUGAGUAAAAGUGAAUAUUUUUGAGUGUAAUAAGCCCCGGCGGACUGAAUAAAUCCAGAUUUAUGUUACCAAA